AAUCUAACAAGUUGACGAGGUCUCGAUGACAGAUGGACACUUGAUGAUGCCAAUUCAAACAUUUUCUCUCUCAGUGAGUUAAUUGGUGUCACUUUAUUGGACAGAGAUCACCCAGCCACUGAAUUAAAGAGGAGAGGACUAGUUCAGAUGAAGGCACACUCAUGGAUCACCUGCCAAUGAAUCUGCUCGAAAACCCAGAGUGGCUAUCAUGAUUUCACGUCCAAUAAUGGGUUUAUGUAGACGCUUAUGGCCCAUCCCUGCAAUCGAAAAACGACUGAUUGUAACGACCUGGUCACAACAGUGGCAACAGGUGGUUCAUCAAGAGUCAGAGCAAGUCAGAUGAGACGAGCAUACUCAACCAUAACUAUGUUGUGACGCGGUCGUAUGCCUAUCUAUUUCCUGGAUCUUACAAUUCAAGCUAGGAAGUGAUUACUCCAGUGCAGUCCAUCUCAAAGAGAGAUGCAUCAGCUGCAUUGUAAGUUUUAAGCGUAUAUACAUGACAUCUGUAGAUCACAGCACAGAGUAGCAGGAAUGGAGAUGUGGGAAGCCAUGGAGAGGGAGAACCAUGUCGAGGAGCGCGGCCUCGUCCCCCUCAGCGGCGGCGACGUGCAGGUGCAGGAUGAGCGCGGCGGCGCUAAAGCGGACGGCUCGGUGCGCAGGGACCAAUCAUGCCGGUACGCUAGCAGUGACGGCAUCCCAAGUGAUCUGCUCGUCAAGGUGGGAGGCGUCAACUUCCACCUCCACAAGCACCCCAUGGUCUCCCGCAGCGCCAGCCUGGGCCGGCUCGUCGACGAGGCAUCGGCGCUGCCGCACGGCCCCGACGCCGCCACCGUGGUGGAGGUGGAGCUUCCCGACCUGCCGGGCGGCCACGGCGCGUUCGAGCUGGCCGCCAAGUUCUGCUACGGCGUGGUGGUCGACAUCACGGCCGCCAACGUCGCCGCCCUGCGCUGCGCCGCCGAGUACCUGGAGAUGACGGAGGAGCUGGAGGAGGGCAACCUCGCCGCCCGCGCGGAGGCGUUCCUGAGCUACGUGGUGGCGUCCUCGUGGCGGGACUCCGUGGCCGUGCUCCGGACCUGCGAGGGUCUCUCGCCGUGGGCCGAAGACCUGGAGCUCGUCCGCCGCUGCAGCGAGACCGUUGCGGCCAAGGCGUGCAUCAACCCGAGGGCCGUGCGCUGGGCGUACGCUGGCAGGUCGUCGCCCGCCAAGACGGCGACAACGAGGGCCGGCACGUCCAGCGACACCGGCCAACACCAGCCCGUGCUGCCGCCGGCGGACUGGUGGGUGGACGACAUCUGCGUGCUGAGGAUCGAUCACUUCAUGCGGGUCAUCACCGCCGUCCAGGCCAAGGGCAUGCGCGGCGACCUUAUCGGCGCCGCCAUCACGCGCUACUCCUCCAAAUGGCUCUCGGCAGGUCUCAUGUUGGAAUUGUGUCGAAUAUUGUGUACAAGUUGGUUACGUUUGGACAUGGAGUUGUAUUAGUGGUAGGGUGUAGAGAAUUCCUGUCUACUCUUGUAACCCGAGCUCCUCAUAAAUAUGAGAGGAGGACCGCUGUUGUAACCAUGACGACAUAGCGACAGGUUCAUGGGGGUAGGCGGCACAUUGCCGGGACCCAGAGUGACCAGUGUUGCAGUAUUGGGGAGUGUGAGAACCGCCCAAUUUAAUACUAUUUUAAAUGAACCGCAA